AUGCACCGUUCAUCGUUUGCCCCUCCGCCUGCUCAAUCCCCUCCACUUCACCACCCAAUCCCCCAACAUGUCUCAACCGUACCAAUGAUGAGAUCGCCUCCUCCACCAGUGGCUCAGCAACAGCAUAACACCAACAGUUAUGGCAAUCCUUAUCAGCCUCAGACCGGCCAGGGCGCCAAUGGAGCUUUCGGCCCAGGCUUUGGAGGCUUCAUCAAUGAUCCAACUGCCCAGAUGGGCUUCCAGGUCGGAAAGGGCGUCGCCGAGGCAAGCCAGAAGUAUGUGGAACGAAAUCUGGAUCGCUAUGUGUCUAUACCAGCCCUGAAGCACUAUUUCAAUGUCUCAAACUCUUAUGUCCUCUCCAAACUCCUUCUCGUCCUCUUUCCCUGGCGUCAUAAGCCCUGGUCACGCCAGCAAGGGCGCCUCAAUACCACCACCACAUUGGCUAAUGGACAGGCUGGGCAAGCGCAAUAUACAUCUCUGUUUCUGCCUCCCCGGGAUGACCUCAACUCGCCCGACAUGUACAUUCCCGUCAUGGCGUUUGUGACAUAUAUACUCCUCUCUACCAUUCUAGCAGGACUCCGAGGCAGCUUUAAACCGGAGCUAUUGGGUUCGAUUACUUCCACAGCACUCGCGGUGGUAUUAUUCGAGAUUGUGGUAUUGAAAGUGGCUAUGUACAUCCUGAACAUAAGCAAUGACUCGCAACUCCUCGACCUCGUCGCAUAUUCUGGCUACAAGUUUGUUGGAAUUAUUGUUACUUUAGCAGUUUCAGAGAUCUUGAGCGGAGGCAACGGGACUACAGGCUGGAUCGGCUGGACUGUCUUUCUCUAUACUUUCCUUGCCAAUGCUUUCUUCUUGCUCCGCUCCCUGAAAUACGUUCUCCUUCCGGAUUCCUCCAACGACCCAGCAAUCCGCGCUGGAGCUUCAUACACAAUUGCUCGAGCCCAGCGGAACCGGAGAACACAAUUUCUAUUUGUGUAUUCUUAUUUGAUCCAGCUAUUUUUUAUGUGGAUCCUUAGUCGAGAGGAGGCAGCAGCCAGCACAGUGGCGUCAAAGGUUACGGGGUCCAAGGCCUUAUCGUAG